AUGAAUCAGUUCGCACUGAAAGCGCAGAUUCUGAGUCAGCUAAAAACUGGAGAAGAGGACGGUGAACAGUUGGAAAAGCCGACCCGUUCUCUGAAAAUCAAAGACGGCUACAGUUCUGAUGAUUCGGAUGGUGAAGAAGAUGAUCGGAAUGAGGAGGGAGAACCAAAGAAAAAAGAAACUACUUCCAAGAAGAAGAAAAAUCACGAAAAGCCGAAGAAGGAUAAACGUCAACGGGUAGAGAAUGGUGACGAGGUGGCAAAGUAUGAAUCGUCCGAUGGUGAAGAUGAAGGAAGGGAAUAUGACUACAUGUCGGAUAGCGGUUCUGAUUCAGAGCAGCGUAUGCCAAUUGAUGAAUAG